AUGAAUCGCUACAGGAAUGCUCCCGGGCUGCGCGGGCCUCCGAAGGCUACCGCGAGCACCCUUUGCCAAAAAUGCUUAAAGAGAGAUAAGUGCCCUCGAGCCAGGCGCAUUAAGCUCUGCUAUACUAACUCCUAUGCACGGCACUACAGCUAUGAAUGCACCGUCUCUGCGCAGGACAGGCCUUACGUGUCUCGGCCGUCCCGCACCCAGCAAUUGCAAAAUCCAGACCUUGUCCCGAAGCUUACAAGCGAAGUUCCAAAUGACUUGUUGCGGACCAAGGGCGUGGCAGACGAAGUGCUUGCAAAACAGGAGCGAGAGCGCGGCCGCAAGAGGGACCUAGAUGACGAUGACGACGUUCGAGAUGGCCACGAGCAGUCGCGAAAACGCGCACGGUCAAUAUCCUCCUGUUCUUCAGAUUCUGUAUCGACAAUAUCAACGAAUCUCUCGCGUUCAGAAUCUCCAGAGUCUCCCCCCAGAUACGACACAGAGAAUGGCAGAGAACGGUACGGGCGAGAACGACCAUCAUUAUCUCCAAGCAUAUCAAGACAGCGAAAGAGAAGAUACAGCGAAAGCUCGUCGGAGUAUUCUUAUUCUUCUGACUCAUCUGUGGAGCGAAGGCCCUCCCGAACUAGGGAGCGAGAAUUGGAGAGAAACACUCGGAGGAAACGGCGAGAGUCCAGCCCCGAUGAAAGGGGUCGACGACGUGAUUCGUCUAUACGUGGCAGCUGGAGGGACAGAACUCGAAGUCAAAGCAGGGAGAGAAGCCGUAUCGUGAGAGGGCGACGGUCAAUGACACCCGAGACAUUACGAGAAUCAACACCGGGGAGGGAUCGAUCCGGCCGUCAUCUCGAGCCCCAGCGUGGGGAGCAAUCAGGGCCAGGGCGAGCACGCCCCUCUGCGCCCCCGCCACGAGAACGAAGCUUGAGUCCUUUUAGCAAACGUGUGGCUCUCACACAGGCCAUGAGCAUGGGGAGGUAG